GCAAUACCUUAUAUUGUUCGGCUGACGAAAACAAAAUGGCUACUGAUAAAAACGAGGAAAACCAUCAGGAAGCUUCGUUACGUCACUCAAUGUUCCUGAGCUAGUCAAAUUCAAGACUCUUCUACUGUCAUCACUGCCAUCUAUGAAAGCAAUCAACCAAUCAGAAGAUGUCGUCUGUUUCCCAUCUGCGCGUAACCAUGGCAACGAUUUGUUUUGAUAUUCAACUGUCAACAUUUUUACUUUUUGUCAAUUAAACCCCGAUAAACAGAAACUUGAAACAUUUUAUUUGUCUUUAAAAAUAAUUUUACAAAUUUCCUUGAUAAUGUCAACUGAAAAGGACUUGAUCAACGGAAAUUCAAGCAAGAAAAAAUAUGAUCACAUUAAAGAAAGUAAUGAUGCGAAAAAAAUUAAGCUCGAAAAUUCUGGAGAGGCUUGUAUUUUAAGAAAUGGUGUUCCAGUUCCUGCAGUUUUACCUCCAACAGAAGCUCAAGUCUGCAAGUGCAGUCACCAAUGUAAUAAGCUUACUAUUGAAGAAAAACUGACAAUUUUCAAUCUGUACCACCAAAAAACCUACGACCAACAAUCCGAAUACAUUGUUUACCAUUGUAUGAGUAUACCUGAACUACAAAGAAACGUAGACAAAGUAACUUUCCUCUACAAACUUCAACUUGGCCCGAAAAUAGUAAAAGUUUGCAAAAAAAUGCUUUGCUAUGUUUUGGGCGUGACCCCUAAAAGAAUAAAGAUUCUUCAAAAUAAAAUGAAGAAUGCCGACAAACAAAUGGAUCUUUCAGAUCACCGAGGAAAGCACAACAGACUAAACAAAGUUAGCGAAGAUCCAAUAGAGAAAAUUCGAGCUCAUAUAGAAUCGGUUAGAAAUAAUAGUUGCUCGGGUGAAGCUGAUACUUUGGAAGAUUUUGAUGACCCGGUUAAUGAGCGACUAAUUGCUCACGAAUUUAUUUCAGUAGAAACAUUAAAAAACGAACCGGAAACAGUGCGAGAUUCUUUGGAAGCAGAUGGCCAGCUCGGUAGAAUGAAGGCAGAGAUGAGAACUGAAGUAAUGAAGCUUCUUGAUGGUUCGAGCAAAUCGAGCAAAGUAAAAAGACCAAAAUCUCCACACGAUGUGCUGCUUUUAAACGAACUCAUCAGAGAAUACUUCGACUGGAUUGGUUUCAAGUACACCUCCAAUGUCCUCGUAGCUGAAUGUGAACUUGGAAAGCAACCUUUGGAUCGAUCUUUCCUGGCUCAAGACUUGGGAGUGAAAGAAACCGAAAAAAGUCUAAGUUUGCCGCUUCUUUUUUGUCUCAUCGAAACUUUUAAAGAACUGAAAGCAGCCUCGAUGAAUCCCUGUUAAUUUAUUAAUCAAUCAAGUUUAACUGGUACUUUUGUACUAGUCUUUAUAAAUUUACUUCUUAUUUAAUCUAAUGAUGAAUUAAUUUCUUGACUUUCGUUUAAAAUUGACGAUAAGUCCAACUUUGUUAAGACCAGAUGAAUAAAG